AUGGAUGGGCCUGUAGGCUGGAGCGGCAGCUGCCAAGGCUGUGUGGAGAAAUACAUGUUCUUCAACAUGUCUGUGCUGCAGCCCGUGGAGCAGCUCUCUCUGGCGCAGCUGGAAAUCAAGUUUCAGUUGGACAUGUUCCGCACACCAAGGUUCCUCCUGGGCCCACAGGCGCUCAGCGUGUCCCUGUACAAGGUGUUGCGUGCGACCCUGAGGGGAGCGAGCCACGAGGCCCACCGCAGGCUGGUGCUGUCCCAGCCGGUGCAGCUGGAACCAGAGGCCGGAUCCCUCACCUUGGACCUCACAGCACUGGCAGAGAACUGGCGUAAACCGGGUCAUAACUACGGCCUGGUGCUGGAGCUGCAGUUACACCCCGUCCACACCCAGGCGACAGACAUCUUCAUGUCCCAGAACCUGGUGAACGCCGUGCCGUUAGGGCCGACCGUAACCCUCCCAGAGUUCCAUGCCUCCCUGGUGGUUGUAUCCCUGAAUCCACUCCAGUGCCGCUCUCGGCAGAAGAGGAGCGCCGUCUACUUGCCGGUUACACCCAGCAACGUGUGUAAGCCGCGCCGCCUUUACAUCGACUUCAAGGACAUGGGCUACCAAAAGGAAGAUGCCCUGCUCAUCUGCGUGAAAGUGCCAUUGGCAUGCAGCAAGGAGGCAUGA